AAGAAUACGACGAGCCUCCACGAUGCAAGGCGGGACAAGAUAUUGUGCUGCAGUCACCUGUCGACUGGGUGCUUUUGGAUGGCCGAGAAAGCUCCGAUGACCAUGGAAUUGUGCAGUACGAGUGGACGUUGCUGCAAGGUGACUCAUCAGUUGAAAUGAAGGUACCACAACCAGGGACACUGAAACUAUCUCACGUCCAGGAGGGCGGGUACAUUUUCCAGCUGACUGUGACAGACACUGCAGGUCAGCGGAGCUCUGAUAACGUCUCUGUGACCGUUCUGCCCAUGGUUCAUUCUGCAGUAGCCUGUGUUGGGAUUUGCUCUCGCUACCAGUUUAUCUGUGACGAUGGCUGCUGCAUUGACAUCACGUUUGCUUGCGAUGGCGUGAGGCAGUGCCCUGAUGGAUCAGACGAAACUUUCUGCCAGAACUUCAGCCCAGGCCGGAAGACAGUGACUCACGUGGCUCUCGACACUACCCAGCAAAGGACUUUGGGACUGACAGAAAACACAGAUGAAAACUUCUCUGCAGAAAACACCCUGAAAGCAACUGCCAGAAAUCAACCACUUCUCUCAGUGGAUGCAGACAUGUCUAACCAAUCGCUUUCUCAGGGACCAAAGAAACAAAUCAGUGGAUUUGUGCCAGAUAACAGUUCCUCAGGGAAAAGAACAGAUGAUAAAAAUGAGAAUGGCAUAAUUGUGCCAAAGAGAGAUCAGCUUGGAGGUGGUCGUCCAGUCCCAGAAACAGGUGCUGUGUUACCCUUAGCCUUAGGCUUGGCCAUCACUGCUUUACUGCUGCUUAUGGUUGCUUGCAGACUGCGUUUAGUGAGACAGAAGCUUAAAAAAGCUCGACCCAUUACAUCUGAAGAGUCUGAUUACCUCAUCAAUGGGAUGUAUCUCUAAAAAUUGGAUUUAGGUCAGUUGUUUUCUCCCCAUUCUCCUGUGUCCAUGAACCUCUGCCUCUAUAAAAGGACCAAAACCUUUAGUUGAGUUUCAAGUGUAGAAGAAGCCUAUGAGAUGAGGAACAUGUUCUUCCCCUUUGGUGAUAAAAUAAAAAAGUGGGUAGGUGCCCGUGCUCAGAAGAUAAGAAGCAUUCAGACUUCAGAGAGUAGCUCCCGUUGGCU